CCUUUCAGUUGAGAAACAAACGCCGAAAGUGAAACAUCAACAACGGGAAAAUUUCGUGUGUGCUGAAGUGAUCAAGACAAGCAGAGAAUAAAGAAAAUCAAAAGAAAAACAAAAAAUGUUGUGCUCUCAUGUGUUGUUGUUGUUGGUGAAACACACAUAAGUUUCAUAAGUUUAAAAAUAAAUCCAAGUCUUGAUGCCCCGUUGUACGCAUUUACGCACCCUCGUUUUUUCGGCCGAGUAACGACAAAAUCCCAACGACAACAAAAUAAAAUAAAAUCAAAAUGUACUUAAGAAACGAAACCACAAAAAUAAAAUAAAAAUAAAAUGAAUUGGUAAAUAAAUAUGUCACUGUUGUUGUGAUAAACACAGAAGCAAAAGUCAUUUGGUAAUUUUCGCUAAAUGAAAUUUAUGGCCGGAAUAUAUUUGUUAUUUGCAUGCGGAUAAACCCUUGAAUAUUUGAUCCAAUGCGGAUUUUUGCAACACACACCACAUCAUCGAAAACAUAUAUAAACGGGGUGAAUGAAAUAGUGAGCAAAAAAAAAAUAAAACGCGGAACUUCAUAAUAAAUUUCGGUGACAACAAAAAUAUGAAUAAUGUUUCUGUGAAAUGCAAUUCAACGAAAAAAAAUAAAUAUAAAUCUGAAAACUCGUCGACAGUGCCGCCGCAGUUCAAAAGAAAUGCAACAUUCAAAUGCAGAGCAAAUAGCUGCUGUUGCUGGUGGAACCAAUUAUGAAUGUCGAUUGCUUGCUACUCCGCGCUUUGUGCAAACGCGUCUGUGAAUGUAUGCAUGCUGCCAGGGUGAUAAUGCGUCCUUUACACCAUAUCAAAGCAGUGACAAAGUAAAUUCUUAGUAAAAUUGUGCAAAAAAAAAGUUUAUUUCCAGGAAAUGUUUACGCUCGUUAAUGUGAAGCAUGAAAACGUUAUGUGAAGUUUUAAAUUGAAAGUUUCAUCUGAAUUUAAAUAUAAUUGCACAGACGAAUUAUUGUUUAAAAAUAAUGUCAAAAAAAUGCCUUUAAAUAAAAUAAUACAACAACAAUGAAAAUGAAUGGAAUUUUAAAAGCGUACCAUAAAAAAGAAAUGUACAUUGUAACUAAACAAAGAAACAAAUAAAAGAACCCAUCCAAAAAUAUCCAAUUUAUUUGGUGUUGCACAGACGAAGAACAAAAAACGCUACGGCUGGAGCAAAAAACCUCAAAAAAUUCCCAAUAAAAUAAGUGAACGAAACUGAAGAAAAAACGAACAAAAACACCAGAAAAAAAGAUGUAUGUGGAACAUUUGACAACAACAUUUUGGUUAGUCUGUCUGACAUUUGUCAGCAUACAUCAGCAGUGCCAUAAAUUAAAGAACACAAGUGUCGAAGCGGCCAUUGUGCCCCUGCAACAGCGACCAGAUGUGGCUGGCGGCCUGCUUUCACGACAGCAACAAAAAACUGUGGCCCAACGUCGUUUUGCUGGGCGGCCAACUGAGGAAGUAAUAGGUGACGUUGAAAACCUAGUUACCGAAAUAAACAAAAAACUUGUCCAAAAUGCAUCAUCGACGCGAACAGACAAAGAACACGACUUGUUGGCGGAAGUCAUAAAAGAAAAUUCAAUAAACAGCAUUUCGCCCAGUGCGCCAGAGGAGGAGAGCACUCAGCUCGGUGUCAAUGCCAACCGUAAUGAGGCAAAUGCAACCAAUACCAUGGUAAAUCAUGUCACUAAUUUAAGAAAAUCUAGAACACUCAGCGACUCCCUCGGCGAACACAAGAGAGUCCACCUAAAGAGUAUUAAACAAAAACCACCAAAGAUUGAUGGCGAAAUUUUGGUACAGGACUUUAAGGAAAAUCUACAACAGCUCUUAAAGAGCCACGCCAAUGAUGAUAAAAGGAACCACAAAGUUGGUACCAAUGGCAACAGCUUUGGCUUCGGCAGCAGCAGCAGCAGCAUUAAUAAAUCACCCAACGAUAAUGCAUAUCUUAUGGCCACUUCAACCAGCUCAACUAUAAAGCGUGCUGUCUCCUCACUACCGGUUACACCACAGCCACGAACCACUUCAAUGGCAUAUCCGUUCUCCAACUAUGGCUAUGGCAGCAGCAGCAGCAGUAGUAGUAACACCAACGCCAGCAACAAUGGCCACAGCUACGGCACGGCGAAACAACAGCCACCUUUGGAGCGACGUCACAUCGUGCCCGAAAAAUUGCAAUACACCAGAGAGAUUACCAUCAAACAGGGUCGCCUUAUGGGCAUUAGACGUAAUUUUCAUCCCUCUGCGGGUAUACGUGAUGUUGAUCAAUAUCUUGGCAUACCAUAUGCUGAAGCUCCGGUGGGCAGUCGUCGUUUUAUGCCACCAGGUACCCCUCUUCCCUGGCAAGGCUUAAAAAUGGCCCACCACAUGCCACCGGUGUGCCCACAAAAAUUACCGGAUAUGUCUCCGCAGGGCACAGCGAAAAUGUCCAAAAGUCGUUAUCGUCACCUGACACGUUUGUUGCCCUAUCUGAAAGCGGAAAGUGAAGACUGUUUGUAUUUGAAUGUCUAUGUGCCAAAUACAAAUGGCAAUGACGAUGCCGGUCGGAGCUCAGCCGGCGGUAGCAGUACGACCACCACAACAACCACAGCCUCAUUCGAUCCAGAGGAUUCCUACGAACAUCGUCCUUUGUAUCCGGUUAUUGUGUACAUACAUGGUGAAUCGUUUGAAUGGAAUAGCGGAAAUGCCUACGAUGGCUCCGUGCUGGCCAGCUACGGCGAAGUUAUCGUGGUUACGGUCAACUAUCGCAUUGGCAUUUUAGGCUUCAUGCGACCGAGUAUUAAUGAAAAUACUGUUGCCAACUUUGGUCUGUUGGAUCAAAUUGCUGCCCUGCACUGGAUAAAGGAGAACAUACACUCCUUUGGCGGCGAUAAGGACAGUGUCACUUUAAUGGGCCAUUCGACGGGUGCUGCUUGUGUCAACUAUCUGAUGAUCUCGCCCGUAGCUUCAGGUUUAUUUCAUCGUGCCAUUUUGAUGUCGGGCUCGGCCAUGUCUGAUUGGUCAGCGACUAAUCAUUCGUUGCAGCUCACCAUGCAAAUCGCCCAUGGCCUUAAUUGUCCCCUUAAUGACGACAAUGAAGAGAUGUUAUCGUGUUUGCGACAAAAGCGCUAUCAGGACAUUAUGAAGAUACCAACAUCUUUGUCACAAUUUUCAACAUCAUUGGGUCCCAUUGUCGAUGGUCAUGUUAUACCCAAUCAACCCUAUAAAGUAAUGGGCCAAUACACAGAACACUUUAGCCGCUAUGAUUUAUUAUUUGGCAUAACCGAGUCGGAGUCGUAUCAUACACUAGGUGCUGUGGCUCUGGAUGAAGGAUUACGUGAAAAUGAACGCGAUAAUUUAUUGCGUUUCUAUAUGCAAAGCCGCUUUGAUGUUCGACCGGAUCUGGCAUUGGCGGCCACACUCAAGAAAUACAGCGACAUGUACACAAACCCCAUAAAGGCCACCAAUAUGGAACAUCGAGAUGUCGUCUUGGAUAUAUUGUCCGAUGCUCGUGUGGUCGGUCCUUUGUUGCAGACCGGUCUAUUCCAUGCUGAGGUGAAUCGUCGAAAUUACAUGUACGUGUUCGGUCACAACAGCUUCGGAGGACCUCAUGCCAGUUUACCCCACAGCAUUGCGGGCGAGGAAUUGGCCUUCGUUUUUGGAGCACCACUAGCAUCAGCUGGCCUCUUCCAUGGCAUCCACUACACGCCUCAAGAGAAACUAUUGGCCGAGGCUGUUAUGUCGUAUUGGUGCAAUUUCGCCAAGACUGGGAAUCCAAAAGCACCAUGGAAGGAGAGUUUCAUAAAUCUGCAUGCAUUGGAAUGGGAUCGCUAUGAUUUAGAAUGGCCAGAAUUCAAUAAGCGUUCGCAGGCAUACAUGAAUAUUGGAAUACCACCAUCUAUCGGUUAUAAAUAUCGACAAGUCUACAUGCAUUUUUGGAAUAAAGAAUUGCCCGAUGAACUCAAUCAAAUUGCACACAUCCAACAGCAGCCAUUUUUGGAGGCCAACUAUGCCAACACAAUGCCCUCGCUAACGCCAUUGCCACCUGCAGGAACCACGGCAAUUUACCCCAAACAUUAUGGUGCAAGUGGCGGUGCUGGUGGUGCUGGCGGUGGCAUCGGCAUGGUUGGCAGUGAAGUAAUAACCGGUCAUAUGAAUAAAUUUGGAGCACGUGAUAAUGGCGCCGAAGAUCCGGUCCGAACGCUGAAGGUGCUAAUGCAAGAACCAAACUCGUAUCAACGCCAGAAGCAGCCAUCAGAGACUGCCGAAAAUAUGUAUAACGCCCCGCCCUCCACCACGUAUGUGGGCAAGGUGCGACAUCGUCCCGGCAAUGCAGAGGAGGGCGGCGAGGCUCGUAAUUACGAGUUGAAUUACAACAACGGCUAUGGUUUUGUGGCUCGUGCCCCCACCACCACCUCGGCAUCAAUUUAUGGCAUACGCCAUUACGAUGCCAGCGGGCAGGGUGUAGCCGGGCCGGGCAGAGUGGGUGAUAAUUUUGAGCCAACUCAAUUUAGCCAUCCCUACUCGGGCAACAAUGGCAAUUACGUAAAUGAAGACAAUAAAGCCGCCGUCGUCGAUGGCAUUGUGGAAGAGGAGGACAGCCAGGAGCAUGUGGCCAAAUCGGAAACAACACUCCAGCUGCUGAUUGGCCUGAUUAUCAUUUUCAUAAUAUUGAAUGUCAUCAUCUAUUCGACGAUUUUAAUGCAGAAGAAAAAGAAGACGCAAACAAUGCAGCGCAAGCUGGGCACAGGUAUUUUGACAGCCUACGAUGGCACCAAUGACGAUGACUUGAAGCGUUCCAAGCCCAGUACCCAUCAAGAUGAUGGUGACAGCUAUAUUAUGGAUGCGGUGAGAAAAUCAAAUACCUAUGAGGCGGUUAAGACCGAAAGAUCCUCCAUGAAUGGCUUUAAAAUGACAAGGCAAUUAAGUUGCUCCACCGUGGACACACACACAAAGGUGAGCGAGUGGAUGGGCCAAAAUAAGGUAGCAUUGCCGCGAAGAAGCAGCAGUAACAAGGACUCGAAGAAAUCAUCCUCCUUUUCCUCGAUUGGAGGCAGUGGAUCAUUUGGCAAACAUCCGCUCAAGGUCAGUGUUGCCAUUGAUGCCACAUCUGAGACGCGAGGUAGCAGUGUCAUGGAACAGGAACCCAUAGAGGUGACCAAAAGUAAGGCCAAUCGGAUCAUAUGCCAGGAGGUGGAGGUGGAAGAUCAGGAACUCUUGACACCCCAAGACUCGCUGGAUAACAGUCGCUAUACCCUGAUGCGCCAGCAUUCGGCUGUUACCGAAGCCUGUGACAGCGAGCUCAUACAGCCGAUGCACUCCCAUUCAAGAUCUGAUCCCGUCGAUAUGUACUAUCGCCUGGAUCCUGAACAAGAAGAAAAGGUUACCAGCUUCAUGCAGGCCGAGACGGGAAAUAAUCAAGAUAUUAAUGUCACAAGUAAGGAUGACAGUGAUGAAUGGCCCCACGAAAGCCUGACACUGGAACAACAAGUCGAUGUCAUUAAACGACGGAAAUAUCCCAAGGUUCUGCCCACAUUCAUGCAACGUGACCGUGAGACAGAAUCUCCACCCAUGACCAAGGAUUUAUCCACCACUUACAAACGUAACUCCUUGCCUCCCAACUCCUUUUUCCUGCAUCACACUCAACUGCAACAGAUGAAGCAGCAUCCUCCCUUACCCCCACCCCGAACUGUGGCCACACUGGGAAGGAAACCAUCACUGGGACGCAGGAACAGCAACAACAUUACCACUUCGCCGGUCAUGCUGGCCCAAGACUGCACCGAAGAGGAAGAAGAACCGAAAAUAACACAAAACACUUUGAUUGUGGGUUCAUUGAAACCCACCGAAGGCUACUAUUCCACGCUGAAGAGGAAGAACAAGCCCCCACAAAUUGAGACUAAUACAAGUAAUUUCCAACAACAGCAAUCAGUAUUUCAAUCAUUUGAGUCAUCGCCCAUCUACGAGACACCUGAACGAGAAGUGACAGCACAUCUGACGCAGAAAGUCUACAGCAUACAGGCACCAGCAACUAAUCCACAACAACAGCAGCAGCAGCAACAUCAUCCGUCAUGUUAUGCCUCCGAACCGAGUACACCAGUGACAACAACAGCGUGCACCAACAUGCCCGUUUAUGCCCAACCCAAAAAAUCGCACAUACCCAGGAUAAUUGGAGCAGCAGCAACAUUAGCGGCCAACACCAGCCUAAUACAUUCCACAAUAGCACAGACAGCAGCCACUUCACCCACCAACGCAUCAUCGUCGUCGUCAUCAUCACCGUCAUCGGCAGCCACAUUAUCAGCAUCCACUAAAGCCACAGAUACUACUAAUUGCUGUCAAGUUACACCAAUGCAACUGGAUGACAAUCAAGUGUCAUCCAAGGAAACUUUACAAACACCUGAUGUAGCGGAAAUGGCAACAGUAACAACGACAACAACACCACAAUCAGCCACCGGUGAUAUAUCAACAGAAGAACAACAACAACCGACCAUGUCACAAUCACGUAUACCGCAAUUACAUAGAAAUGCAAAUGUAACUCCCCAGCAGCACACCCAGAUGCAUCAUCAGCAGCAGCACCAACAUUACCCACAGUAUCAGCAUCAACAUCAGUACCAGCAUCAGAACCAGCAGCCAAAUCAGCACAAACAGCUUAUCAAUAAGGAUAAAACAAAUGCAAAUAUAAUACCCCUGGCAACAAACAUAUUGACAUCAAUUCCAAACAUAACUUGGGAUCCCAACGUGCAGACUUCGCAUGCAAAGCAGGACCCGGCCUGUUCCUCUUUGCCGUCGUCGGGUGUUCCGAUGACAAAGACAAGUGCUACGGAUGAAGCUGUCAGAGGCUACGACGAUGUCAGAGUCUUAUCGUCAUCAUCAGCACAUCCAUCGAACAGGAAACCUGCAUCUGUAACAUCUUCAUGUUCAUCAUCGUCGUCCUCGUCCUCGGCGGCAUCAUCGAUGCAAUCAAACUCAGCCACAUCAUCGUCGUCCUCAUCAACAACGUCUUCAUCGACGGGCACAGUGCGCACUGAACUGCAACAUAUGCAACACCAGCAGCAGCAACAACAACAACACCAGCAUCAACACCAAUACCACUAAUCAUCAAUAGAGUCAAGUGAUGACAAAGUGACUCUUUGCACAUCAACACUUUGCGACACACAACCGACAUACGUGUUAUGUACAUUUUCUACGUUUUUCUUUUUAUUGCCUCUUCUUCUUUCCUUCUCUUUUUUUUUGUAAAUAUGAAAAUAUGAUUUCCUUACUUGCAUUCAUGUUCAUUCAUGUAUUCAUAUUUCAUUUCUUCAUUUUUUUAAUAAUUCUAUUUUGUUGCUUAUCGUAAAGGAAAAUAUUUUUACAAUGAAAUAGUAUUAAAUAACUUUAAAAUAAAUAAACAAAAAACAAAACGGAUUGAAAAUUA